AUGUUUUGUACGGGUCAGAAGAAACUUGCACUGUUAGCACGUAACGAAGGAAAGUUAAAGGAAUACGGAUCUUGCUUAGACCUGCGAGCAUGGAGUCAUGACCUCAAGGUGCAAGAUUGCUAUUUAAGAGAUUGGAUGAAAAGCGAUAUGCCCAUUUACGUUAUACCUGUGCAUACGGUAGCCAGUUGUUUGAGAAUAAUGACUAAAAAACGUAGUGGAUGGUAUACCCCAAGUUGUCACCCAAAAUGUAAAUCUAAAGUUGUUCUAGAAAGCAUUUGUGAUUCUUGUCAUGCAAUGAAGGAUUGCCUAAAAAACGACGAUAAUUUUGAAAAAUAUUUUAUAGAGGAAGAGUUUGACACUACACAUUGGCCGUGUGAAAAAUGUUUAGACGCUUUAAAAAGUUUAAAAAUGUUUUGGAAAAUAAUUACAGAAAAAAUAUUCAAACUAUAUAUUCCAACGAAUGUCAACAUGAAAAGUGCAAGCAGCAGUAAUAAAAGUGUUGAAAGUGUGACGCAAGCAUGGCAAGACGAAUUAAUGCAGCAAACCCUUCUUGUAAAAAAAUUAAAAACUACUAAUAUCGAAGAAUUGAAUAAAAAGCCUACUUAUUUAUGGCAAUCAUACACAAAAUACUUGAAAAAAAUUAUAAUGCAAAAUAACUCUGACGAAAUUGAAUCAUGUAUCGAUAAUAAAAAGUUGAACAAAAUAACAGAUAUAUGUGAAGAAAAAGCUAUUCAAACUCAUCCUUUAGAUUUUAGUUCCUUGGAAAAUAAACGAUCUCCAUUGUUAGUUAAGAAAAUAAGCAAAUGUACAUCGUUCAGUGCCAAAACCGUAGAUUAUGGUUGUGAUGCGUGCCAUAUAGAUUAUACUACAGUCAAUAUGUAUAAAAACAAUCUUGAUUAUUUGCAACAACAAUACAAUGUGCAAAGUGACGAAUUGAGUCAUUUAAAAAUAGAAAACAAAUCUCUGAAACUUCAACUACAGGAUAUGACAAAAAAAUCUUUACCUUUAGCCUUCACAAUACCGAAGCCUUACGAACAUUGCUGUGAGAAGGACGAGACAGUAAAGAACGUAGAUUCUGAAAUGGUUAUAACAUUAAAAAAUUGCAAGAAUGAGGAUUUUAAACAUGUGUCCAUGUUAGAAGUGUUACAUAAAACUAAUGGUUCUAGACUUUUAGACGAAAAUUUAAUCGGCCUUAACAAUUAUUGGAAGAAAAAACAGGAUCCUAUUAAAAUUUUAACUAAAGUACACAAUACAUUUGGGGCACUCGUAAAAAGAGAACUUUCAAUAGCAAAUCAUAAUAAAUGUGAUACGAAAGAAGUAGAGAUAGACGCCUCCUAUAAUAAAGUUGAUGCAAGUAAAUCCGUGGCAUCUUGUACGCCGCAGUCAUCGCAUUCUUUGUUGGAUGUAUUUACAUCUACAACCGAAGUCUAA